UGGCAAUUCACAAAUCUCCUCUAUUUAUCUCCUUCCAACCAAUUAUCAUCAUCUAUCUCUCCCCUCCACCACCCCUUCUGCUACUUUUAGUAUGUUUUAUAUAUAUACAUAAAACAUACAUGACACACUCUUGCUGAAGAUCAGAGAUUAUAUAUAUAUAUAUAUAUAGGAUCAUGGGGGACUCUGCUCCUUCAUACAUACACCUGGUGCAGCACCUGAUAGAGAAGUGUCUGAUCUUCCAUAUGACUAAACAAGAGUGCAUGAAAGCCCUUUCAAAACAUGGAAAUAUCCAACCUGUCAUCACCUCCACUGUGUGGAAUGAACUGGAGAAAGAGAACAAGCGAUUCUUUGAGGCGUAUGCUCAAUCUCAUGAAAGCAAAGCAGACGACCAAAUGUUGGAGGAAGAGACAAUGCAAAUGAUCCAGAAGAUGAUUUCGGAUUCCUCGAAAGAUUCCGACGACUAAAGACAAAGGUACGUAUAUGUCAGAGUCGGACGUGUCACUCAUGUGGUCCCAACUGCCUACAUAUAAUAUCAAAGUAUACGUAUGUAAAGUCAGGGACUCAGGGAGUAUUUGGUUGUCCCCCCAAAUAAAUCGCAUGCACUGACCAAUCAGAAGAGGCCACGUUACUGUAUUAUAUAUCUACUGUCUAGGGUAAACAAAUCGGUAAUAAUUUUAUUUAGUUAACCGAACCAUUGCUUGUUAUUAUGAUGUGGUGUACGGUGUACAAUGGUUGGAUGUUAUCUGCUGUUUAAUUACAUGAAGCUCACUUUUU